AGAUUAAUAGUUAUUGUUAAGAACAAAUCGUAGAUAAAUAUAAGAAGUGCGCGUAGAUAAUAGAUUUCGUGCGGGUAUUGUAAUUAUAAAUUAUAAUAAUAACGACGUGUAAAUUCUUCAGUAUACUUUUAUAUAUUUAUUUAUAUAUAAAAGUGGCACGCUUACGGUACCAGCAUUUUGUUGGAUUUUUCUAUCAGGAACUCGAUCGAGGGGUACACAAGUCCAAGUUGUCUCUGUCAUACACAUUCCAUAUAUAUUUAUAUAAAUAUAUAUGAGGUAUUUUGUUAUUUUAUGAUUAUAUAUCGGAAUCGUUAAAUUUAAACUGGGGCUUCAGGAUGUUAAGGCGUAGAAAAGUGAAGCCGCAAAAUUUACGUAUAAUUAUUUUAUUUUAUUAAAUAUUUAUAUUAUUUUUUUAAAAAUAUCAUCGCAGUUUGGCACUAAAUGUCUUGGUGUUAUCAAUAAUUUAAAAUUUGAUAAUAAGGCCUGAAAGAUAAUUAAAUCUUAAUGGCCGAAGUUUAAGUAAAAGUAAAAAUGGCGGGCAAGUGAUAAUAAAGUUAAGAAUUUAUUUUAAAAAAUAAAUAAUAAAAAUCGUAAAUUUAAAAAUUGACAUUUCCCGCGCGGUGCGGGGACUCGAAAAACUACCGGGGAUUUGAAUGUGUGAGGCGCGGGAUUGAUGUAGUGGCAACGCGGGGAAAAGUUUACAAGGAGACGGUGGAGGAGGUGGACAAGGUGGUGUGUGAGGCUCCGAGGUGGUGAUCGACGAGGAGGAGGAGGAGGAGGAGGCGCGACAGUCGCCAUGUUUGAGGCAACGAUCGCACGUGUUCCGCGGCCGUCGUUGCUGUCAGUCGCGAGAGAUAAGUGUUAGUGGCGCGAUGUGCUUGAAUUUUAAUAUUUAAAUAAUUUACUUAACCAGUUUUUUAAAAAAAACAGAUAAAACAAAACGCCUUCACCAUUAUACUGUUUAUUAAAUUAUUAUUUUAUAAUAUUGUCUUUGUACUUAAGUUAUAAAUUAAAACAUCUGUGAGUUUUUAUUGCCCGUUUAAUACGCCGAGGUGUUAUUAAUAAGUGUAUUGCUAAUUGAUCAGCUGCUUCGAAUUGCUAUUCAAAUAUAUUACAUAUGUGAGCGGUGAUUAAAUAACAAAUUACAUAUUUAUAACUUAAUAAUUAUGACAAAAGAUAUUUUUAAAUUUUUCAUUGUUGUUAUUAUUGUGUUACAGAUUCAAGAUUACGGUAGUUCUGUUCAAAAUAAUUAAUUAAUUAUUUACAAUAAUUAAUAUAAAGUGUCAAGAGCUUGGUAUUUUAUUUCAAAUACUAUAUAUAAAUAUCAAUAACAAUAACAAUAAUUUGAGUAGUAAAAAUGCACACGUAGAGGAAUCAGUGAUAAAAAGUAGUACACAAAUGCGUGUGAUGUGGACGACGAAGUACGUCAGACGCGUGAGACUUACACUAGUAGUGAGACCAGUCAGACGUAGAUAGGUAACAUAAUAACCAGAGAGAGCAGAGUGAGAUCGCGCGACAGAGAGUGAUGCAGUGGCGUGGUGCGAGUGUUAAGUGCCCUGUGCCAAUCACUUGGAUUACUUGAAGAGACAUGCCCUCAUCCGGAGGUUAUUAUGACGAUAGAAAUCCGCUGCUCAAAGGGACCAUGUCGAGCGUGGACCGGGACCGGCUUCGAGAGCGUGAGCGGCAGGCACGCGCGGCGAUGUCGGUCCAGGCAGAGCAGGCCGCAGCAGCCGGAGGUCCAGAGAACUGCCACAGCCACCACAAUCAUGGCCAUCACCAUCAUCACGCUAAUUCCCACGUGUCUGCAGCUGCCUCGCUCUUCCGCGCCCCCGUCAAGGUAAAUCCUGACGCGCACGACCGAACAACUCAGCAGAUCCAAUCCAAGCUGGGGAACUACUCACUGGUAAAGCAUCUGCUGGACGAGCCAAAGAGACUGAUAGGAAUUGAAGGUGUACCAGCUAGUCCAGCGCCGGGGUCGAGCUCAUCUACACGUUUAUCUUCGAGCACAAGUUGUAGGAGUUCGCCGUCAUCACAAGAAUUUAAAAAACCUGGUGGUAAUGGUCCACGAACAUCAUCAUCAUCGUCAUCAUCAUCAUCAACAACCGGCUCAACUUCGAGCCAUACCUCCCAGCGCGGUGGUUUUAUAAAACCCGCGGAUGGGAAACCACCUUAUGGUGGUCGAGGUGGCUAUCCCGGACAACCAGUAAAACACGGUGGCAGUAGCAACGAUCACAGAAGCCACGGGAUCCUUCCCGCAAAGGGUCCACCUCCGUCAAUCGCUGGUAAUGCCAAUUCUACCGGAAACAGCGGUGGUUUAACCUCUUCCGGAAAUUGUCCUCCUGCCCCUGGUAAUUCGGGUAAUUUGAGCAGAGUUCACGCAGCUGCUUCCAGACUCCCAAGGUUACCUCUUGACAACGGAGUAAGACAUGGCUCGGAUCCAGCAGACUUGGAAAACAUCCUCAAGGAAAUGACGAUGCCGCCCAUACCACUUACAGCUAUUGCACAGACACCAAGAAAAGAACUGGAAUCCAAGUUCACAUUCAACCCUGUACUAGCUAAGCUGACUGAGAUACCGCCUGAACCUAUCAAGCCGCCACAACGUGAACGACAUGGGACCACACGUUUAUCAGCUGAUCUUGAACGAGAUUUAAGUCUCUCGGAAGACAGUGAAGAUGAAGGCGUCAAGACGUCAAUUUCUCGAGUACCAAGAUCCACUGCAAGUCCAAGUAUAAACGCUGAUCAUUCAACACCACUGGCACCAGCUAUGACACCGGUCCCUGCACCUCUAGCACCGAUGUCGCCCAGAGCAUUGUCACCAUUGGUGACUUUAUCACCUCCGCGACCCAUAAGCCCGCUCAGGACCCCACCUAAGCACACAGUGUCCGAGCGAUUGCUGUCGCCGUCAUCCAGCUCACCGAGAAAAGGCUCGCCGAUAAUGCCGAUGAGGCCUCCUAGUCCUCCUGGCCAAGCGCCCUUGAGUUCCGGCAGCGCCAGCUCCAGUUCCGACUCUGGAUCAGACUCGGGUACUGACAGCAGUGAUGAUUCUGAGGAUGAAAACGCACCUCUACCACCGAAAGGUCCUUCCACACCGCCUUCCGUGUCUCCAAAAGUCCCGGUGGAAGACCCUCCUCCUGCAGAGGAGUCUAAGCCUCGUUGGAAUCUCAGUAGUUUCUUCAACAAAACUGCCGUGCAAGCUGGUGACAAAAAUUCAGAGAAUAAAACUGCUCAGAAUGAAGCAGCUCGCCGUGACAGUUCACCUGAGGAAGCCUCUCUGGAUAUGAGAAUACGCCGGUCGGAUGGAGCUCAUCAUAACAACGAGUGGCAGCUCGAUGAAGCGUUAAAAAGAACUAGAAACGCGACGAUGUUGACGGUCCUGAGUGAUGGUGAUCAAAAUUCCGACUCGGAGAAAAAGAAGAAAGAAGAAUCGAGAUCUCAAAUUCAAGAUAAACCAAAAGCACCAGAUGUGCGAAAACGCGGUCGUCCACGUAAAACAGCUAAAGAAACGGUCAAGAGUCCGAGAAGUCAUAGAAUGUCGUCAGAGGAAUCUAAAGCCAGCUCUAAACGCAGUAAACCUCGUAGUGCAAGUAAUCCUAAGAAAAAAACUACAGCAAUACCGCUGCCAAGGGUUCCACUUGAUAACAGCGACGAGUUAAGUGACUCAAGAUCACGUGACAGAUCGAGUGACUCGGAGUGCGAGCAGUCGAGAAUAUCUCCAGCCUCGACAGUGAUCCCAGUUGACAAACGAAGAUCACGGUUAAGUAUCUCCUCGAGUGAGGACGAGAAAACGACGAAUAAGCACAGCGCUUCGGAAGACGACGCGCGGUGGAGAAGACUCUCGUCAAAGCGCAAUAAGCUAACAGAUUCUCCAACUAAGAAGCAAGACAAGAAGAAGAGCCCCAACAAAGUUAAACCUCAGCGUCCCAGGUCAAGGAUAACAAAUAAUUCAGGCUGUGCCUCUGAUUCCGACAGUGAAUUAGAGACGACGCUGAGGAACAAUCGCGUACAGCCAGUCGCGAGAGUACCACCGAGACCCAGAGCCCCACUUACAAGAGUUACCUCACCUGACAACUCCGACAGUGACAACAGUCCGACGCCAAAACUACAAGAAGAGGACGCCGGCAAUGUGCAGGAUAAGAAAAAGAAUGAUACACUUAGGAAACUAUUUUCAAGUGCCAAGGGCGGUGCGAAAGGUGGCGGUAAGGGCGGGAAAGGUGGGAAAGGUGGUGGCAAAUGUGGAAUUUACGUCGAAGAAUACACUGCGAGUACGCCGACGGGCGGUGAAAGUCCAUACAAAAGACCGUCGUCGCAAUCUUCCGCUACAGCAAACUUCCCACCCUUGAAAUAUGUCAAUGGAGUACCCAUACUUGUGUGUAAAGUCGAUCUUAGCCGACUUUCUCAUGUCCCACGGCCGUCGCGAGGUCAAGAAUUGAGACAGCGAACAGAAUUACCGGACACAAGGCCGGCUUCCCGACAAUCUGCCAAAUCCGAGCGACCGCCUACGCCGGAGGAGGGUGAAAUUAUCGAUACCCCUACACCACCACCGUCCAUCGACUUCAGGACACACGUUGAUAAUCAUCACGCCACGACUGAUCAAGCUGUGUUAUCAAAAAGUAAACGUACUGAGAGUAAGAGUGAAUUAGUAGUAACUUUAGCUGGGGCGGAUUCGAAAAAUCGCGCGAUACCUGGUGGCAGUGGAUUAUCUAGUGGCCCUACGAACUCCAGUGCCGGUGCUAGUGCUAAUGUUAUCACAGAUAAUACUGGGGACCGAGUGCCGAAACGUAAGCGCAACGCCAGUUGCAGUUCUGUAUCUAGUUUAAAUAUGUGUUCAAUGGACAGUAAAGUUAAAUCCACAAGUGAGCACAAAGAAAAGAAAAAAAGAAAACGACAUCACACUGACAAAGACUCAAACUCAUCCAGAUCAUCUUCCCGACAACAAAAUGACAUCCAACCCACAAAUCACGAGCGGGAAGAAAGAUCUGACGUUAAUUUGCUGCCUCCACCGGCGGCACCACCUCAACGCGUCUACUAUUCUUACUUCAAUCAUCAAAAUGACGUUUUGGAGGAUCAGGAUAGGGACCAGAACCAGUACCUGACGGAAGCUAAAAGAUUAAAGCACAGUGCGGAUGAGGAAUGCGAACUGACGGCCCAGGGUAUGCUGUACUUGGAGGCAGUAUUGUAUUUCCUUCUUACAGGCCACGCCAUGGAGUCAGAUCCAGUAACUGAAAGAUCCUCUUUUACCAUGUACAGAGACACACUUAGUCUUAUAAAAUACAUCUCAUCAAAGUUCAAGAGCCAACAGAACAAUUCACCUGAGAGCAGUAUCCAUAACAAGUUGGCUAUCUUGAGUUUAUGGUGCCAGUCUCUUAUUUAUUUAAAACUCUACAAAAUGCGGCAACACGAAGUUAAGGAGAACGCUAAAAUUCUCGCAGAGUACACGCAAAAAGUGAGCACGCCUGCACAACCGACACUCGUGCAUGCUGAAGGCCAAGGAACUCCAUCGUUGUCUCCAACACCAUCGCCGGCAGGUUCGGUUGGUUCCGUUGGUAGCCAGAGUUCCGGAUACAGCAGCGGUGAGCUCGCGAAUCGCGGUAACGUCGUCUCAGGACAGCCCUCAGCUUCGACUUUUGUCAGCGUUCCGCUUGCGAUUCACUCGAUGCUGGUAAAGCAGAAUCAACAUUUCUCAUUAUUAACUAAUUGUCACGAUUUGUGGGAUCAGGCGACCCUAUUAGUUACGGACAAACAUCGAGAUUUUUUCAUUGAAUUAGACGAAAAACUUGGUCCGCUGACAUUAAGAAGUUCAUUACGGGACUUGGUGCGUUACGUACAAGCUGGAAUUAAGAAGUUAAGAGCUCUCUGACCCCAGUGGCAAAGUCCCAGGCCGCCCACUCCCAAUUACAUAACGGCACUUCCUCACAAUAUGGCAACAUAUCCUACAAUGUUUACGUAGCUACCACGAGGAAUAAUUCGCUGCAAUGGCAAUAAUUGAUAACUACUUUUAUUUUCAUUAUUAUUAUUAUUAUUAUUAUUUUUUUUAUCACAAAAACUUCUUGGGUGGCGGCAGCGGGGACGAUUAAUUUUAAAAUAAAAUAAAAAUCGACCCGAUUCAAUGGUAGCCGAGUUAUCACAUAAAAUUACACUGAUCCGCAAGUCAACCAGAUUUGCACUCACCAGGAUUUUAAAAUUUGAAUCCUCAUUACAAUAGACUGCGAUUGUGUGUAAGUUGUAAAAAAAAUAAAAAAAAAAAGAGGAAGAAAAUAUGAACUCACUUAAAUU